AUGCCGCUUUCUUCCAUUUUUCUAAUAUCUAAUUCCAAUGCUUCUUGGCCCAUUGCAGAUGCAUCUGGCGAUGAUGUGCCAUCAGUGCAGAGACAUGCUUUGGCCUCCAGCUGCGUAGGCCCAUAUGCAGCAACGUACGCUGCACAGAAUUUACAUAAUUUUCUAGAAUGCAUAGUACUUUUUAGUGUUCUAUAUCCAUUUAAAACUACAUUUAUUUUAACUCAGCAUUGUAAUUAUGUACUGAUUGUAAUAUUUUUAGCAUUUGGAGAUGUUUUUGCUGGCAUUGGAGUGCGAGAACCUCAGCCAAGAGCAAGUGAGGCAUUCACAAGAUUUGGUGAAACACAUAGGAAUAUGGAAAAAUUAGGAAUUAAAUUUCUAAAGACUGUCAAACCUAUGUUGACAGACUUGGGAACUUAUCUAAAUAAAGCUGUCCCUGACACUAAAUUAACUAUAAAAAAGUAUGCUGAUGUGAAAUUUGAAUAUUUAUCAUACUGUUUAAAAGUCAAGGAAAUGGAUGAUGAAGAAUACACUUACCAAGCUUUGCAAGAACCAUUGUAUAGAGUGGAAACAGGAAAUUAUGAAUACAGAUUAAUUUUAAGGUGCAGGCAAGAUGCUCGUGCAAGAUUUUCAAAACUGCGGUCUGAUGUUCUAGUCAAAUUGGAACUUCUUGAUCAAAAACAUGUUCAAGACAUAGUGUUUCAGAUGAAUCGAUUGCUUUCAGCACUUUCUCAGUAUAAUGAAAACUGUUAUCGCCUGAUGCAAGAAACAAACGUCUUUCCAAUAGAAUUAGAUUUGCCUCAAACUACAUUCCAGUAUUCAGAUACAACAUUAACUCCAACCUAUCAUGAUGAUGAUGAAGAAGAAGAAGAGGAAGAUUGUGAAGUUCUAGUCAUAGGAGAAGAAGCAUUGCAGGAAAAUAAGUCCGAUGAUGAUCUUUUACAAGAUUUCUUGGGAGGAGAAACAAUGUCAAAAGAAUUAAUGUCUCUGAAUCUUUUAGAUGAAUAACAGUGCAAAGAAUGUAUUUUUAUUUGGCCAGUCAUAAAAAUGUUAUUGUCUUAAUUGAGAAAUUUAUGCAUAAUAGCAUUUCAAACACAGUGCUUGCACAAUCCUUUUUUUUUUUUACUUUUUUUUUAAUUCAAGAAAUUUUUUUUCCCAAGGUGUCUCUAAUACUGUGAUAACACUUCAUUUUGAGUUUUGUUAUUAUGAAAGAGAAAUGAUGUGUAAAUGGAUGCUAUCUGCUUUUUAUUGUUUGAAACUUUGUUUAACCAAAUAAUUUCCCAAUAUAAUGGAAAAUAAUGAUAUAGGUUUUAGUGACCAUGGAAUGUAAAAUUCUUUUCUUUUUACAGUUAUAAAUAUUGGCUAUUGCUGUGGUUAAAUUAAAAA